AGCAGCCGACACCUUGCAAUACCUAUAUAAAGACGCUUCAUCCUCUAACUUUCCUGUGAGUUUUUGAUCUCCAGACACCUCAUGUUCUUAAUUCAGCUCCAACAUCUGCACGGCUUUCUCCGUCCUCAUCUUUACCCCUCGUUCUCUCUUUUUUUAUAACACCAUGGCUCUAGCUCCUGGACUCAUCCUGUCCGCCUUUGGCGGGGGAAAGGAGGAUAUUGGCUCCAUUGUCAGCACCUUCAAUUGGAGCAAGUGCAAUGUUCGAAGUUCGCACAGUGAUGAGUACCUUCACACCAACCUUGCUCCAUCUUACGGCGACCUUACCAGUGAUUCAGUCAAGGCUUUGGACGAAAAUCUUAAAAUCAUGAUCGCUGGCACCUUGAUCACCAUUGGAAAGCUCGCCGACAAGAGCUGGAAGUCCAUCUUGAGUACUAUGAUGCAGCAUGAGCUUCUCGAGCCCUUUCAUAAAGAGGUUGCCCGGUCCGAUAAGCUGAUCAAAGAAAGCUCGAGCGACUUCAAAUUCGACGGUAGCCCGGAUGCGCUGAUUGUCCGUGAGGUCAAGUCGUGGUUUUCUAAGCUCAUCGACGACGAAGAUGUUCUCAACCAAACCAAGAUUGACAUCAAUACUCUUGCCAAGAUCGUUGCUCAAAGUGGUGCCGCGGUUGACUCCUUUGAGGCCUUCUGGGUCAAGCAUGAGAAGCACGAGCAGACUCUAGUGGACAUUGGUGUUCUCCGGUUUCCCGACUUAGAACACCCUUACUUCAAGCUUUACCGUAUUAAGCUCACAGCUUGGGCCGACUCCUCCCGCAUCCUCUUCCACCAGGAGGACAGAAACGGUAUCACGGGAGAAUUCAACAGCAGGAAGUUCCGCCCUCGCGAAAGCAUCAUGCGGGAACUGACCAAGGAAACUCGCGAGAAGGCGCGUUUGAGGGCCGAAAGCUUGUUUGACUAAUUUGCCGCCUCUCAGUGAGAGUUUUGUAGCAAAAAAAUCGUAUUGAGAUAAAAAUCAAUAUCCAAAAUCCUAAAUUAUAAGAAACAAAUUUAUACUUCCGUUUGUUUAAUUUAUCGUUCAAUAAAUUU